GACAGCACUUCAGUGUUCAUCCCCGGUACUAAGUUUUACAGAUCCACUUCAGGACUACUCUCAUCUUGCAAGGAACUCCAGUUCAACAUGUCCAUUGGAAACCAAACCUCUAUAAAGGAGUUUCUUAUUUUGGGAUUCCCUGGACUUGACCCCAGUUAUUAUGGCCUUGUCUCUGCUAUCUUAUUCUUUGUAUAUAUAUCUACUUUAUUUGGAAAUGCGAUAUUCCUCCUUCUGUUUAUAACAGACCAGAAUCUUCAAAAACCAAUGUACUUCAUCAUAUUGAACCUGGUUGUGUCUGACGUAUUGUUCAGCACCACCACCUUGCCGAAGAUCAUUGCCAGGUACUGGUUUCAGGCAGGAACCAUUUCAUUCACUGCUUGCUUUGUACAGAUGUAUUUAGUGCAUUAUUUUGGAUCUGUGAACUCCUUUGUAUUACUAAUAAUGGCUAUAGACAGAUAUGUGGCAAUUUGUCACCCUCUUAGAUACGCUACGAUUAUUACAAACUCAACUAUUUUUACGCUCAGCAUCAUUUCCUGGGUGAUUGCCAUUGGUGGCCCCCUAAUGAAUGUAAUUAGGGCAUUUCCUCUGCCUUACUGCUCAUCUAAUGUUAUCGUUCAGUGUUACUGUGAUCAUUUUUCAAUAAUUUCACUGGCCUGUACUGACAGGAUAUUUAACAUGUUCCCUUCAUUAGUUUUUGCUUUUGUCGUGUUACUGGUCCCUCUUGCCUUUAUCAUGCUGUCUUACGUCUGUAUAGUUGUGGUGGUCCUUCAAAUCGCCACCACCCAAGGUCGCCUCAAAACCCUCUCCACCUGCAGUGCUCAGCUCAUCAUAAUCACCCUCUACUAUGUUCCACGGUGUUUUGUGUACCUGGCCACCUAUGUGGGUUUGGUGUUCAGCACAGACCUACGCAUCACCAUUAUCAUGUUCUACAGCCUCCUGCCUCCCAUGGUGAAUCCGCUCAUAUACAGUCUAAGGGCUAAAGAGGUGAAGGACAGUUUAACCAAACGGUUAAAGAGACAGCAUGUUGACAUACAGAAAGCCAAUAUAUCUGUUACUUAUAAAUAACUCAACAUUUUCAAAUCAAUUAGACAAUAAUAUUAUGUAUAUAAAGUUGUGUAUUUGUCAGUCAAUGGGAAAUACACAACGUUUUUAAAUUAAAUUUUACUACUUUGUUUACCUCACAAACAGCAUUAACCUGAAGAUCAACAUUGAUUUCCAUAUCCUGAUGAUCAUGCUGUACAGACUCUUCCCCCCCCCCCCAUGGUGAACCCUGUGAUAUACUGCUUCAGAACCAAAAUCAAGGAUAUUUUGGUUAUAUUGGGACUGCAACUAGCGAUAAUUAAGCUACAAUGUGUAACAAUGUGUAAUGGUAUAUGUGGUAUUUGUAUGAAAACAUAGCAUUUUUCUUAUUUAAUAUCUUAAUAACUAUUUACUCCCUAUGACUUAUUUUGUAAGCUUUGUAUAUGCUUGUGAAAAAGAGAGAGGCCCAGGUUUGGUUGAUAUCUUGUUGCCAUGGUGAUGACUCCCUAGUCACAAGCAGAUGAGCAGCCCAGCCAACAGGCUCGUUUUAGCUUACAAAACCGAUUGGGUUUCAGGGUCAGCAGUUGGAAUAAACCGGAGUGUGGAGAAGCUGCUGGUUGCCUGUGGUUUCAGAAUUUCUACUGUCACACGUCUUCAUUUUGCUUUUCUUACACGGGCCUUGUUGUCUGGUGCUGUUGUUAACUCAUGACUUUUUGUUAAUUCUACUAUUCAGUCCUUUAACUAUGUACACGAUACCUUCCCUCAUAAUCCUAAGUGCCACAUCCUUUAAUUUUUUUUGUACUUUUAUGUUACAUGCAUAAACAUAAUUGCCUUUUAUUAGGCGAAAUGAAAGUUCAAUUGUAAUUUACCAAGUC